AUGGGCUGCACAAGUUCGGUACAAUCCAAGAACCAAGCGGUUCAUCCUUUGGUCUCCAGCUUGGUAAACACAAAAGUUUCAAUCUCAGUUUCUGAAGAAAAUAAAAUCAUUCUGCGAGAAUCAUGGAAAACUUUGGACCUAAGGAGAACCGCGGCAGGAAAGAAAGUAUUCGCAAGGCUUCUUGAACUGAAUCCCAACCUCCAGGACGCAUUUCCCUCGUUUAGAGGCGUGGCUUUGGACGAAGUUAUGAAUUCCCGCUCGUUGUUUCUGCAUUCCAAGCGUUUAAUGGCUGUAGUGGAGGAAACUGUGUUAUCUUUAGAUGAUGCCAAGGAGCUGAUUGAAGAUCUUACGAACCUUGGGGAAAGACAUUUAGCGAUGUCUAUCACUGAGAAACACUUAAAGGUCAUGGAAGAGGCCUUUGUCCUCAUGUUACAAGACAUUCUUGAAGGAAGUUGCUCGGAACAAAUUAUAAAAGCCUGGAGAGAAUUGUUUGGAUUCAUGGCUAAAACCAUGUUGACAGGACAAGAACAAGCGAGCAAUAACUUACUUUCGUAA